AUGGAACCUUACUCGCGGUACAAAACGGUAGCCCUACGAAAAUCCCGCCCUCAGAAACACGUUGCCGCUCGCCCCGACUUCCGAAUGGCGACAUGCCCUGUCGGUGGACAUCUUCAUCGCUUUGUCGCUCUGCACUACUGCCGACCCUUUGGGUAUAGUAAUCUGGAAAGAACCUCCGAAAACCUUGACCUGUCGACCGUCUACUCGACACAGUCAGAGUCCCAUGUGUAG